AUGGCUACUACGCAGUUACCCGCAACCAUGUUGGCUUGGAGGAAGCAUAGAGGAAGUAGUAAGCCAGUCUUUGAAGAGGUUCCCGUGCCUAAAGUCUCACCUACGGGUGUUCUCUGCAAGAUGUUAGCAUCCGGAGUAUGCAGAAGCGACCAUUCACUACUUACCAUCGACAAACAGGCAUCUUGGUUUGAGGAGAAGUACACUUUGGGCCAUGAAGGGUGUGGGCAGAUCGUUCAGCUUGGCUCAGCUGUUCAUGAGGACAAAUUCCAAGUGGGAGAUAUUGUUGCUCUUCACGCUGUGCCUGGCUGCGGACGCCAAGAUUGCCCUGAAUGCUCCCGUGACUUGAGCCAGCUAUGCGAGAAGGGUCAUCACUCUGGCAUAGGACAGGAUGGAUUCUAUGCACCUUACGCAGCCGUUGAUAUUCGAGGCGUAGUCAAGGUACCCUCAGGCGUCACGCCAGCGCAAGCAGCGGUUGCUACGGACGCUGUCAACACCGCAUACCACGCCAUAAGGAGAAGGGCAGAGGUCAAUGCCCACGAGACGAUUUUCCUCUUUGGCCUCGGCGGGUUAGGUUUCAAUGCCUUGCAAAUCCUCCUGCAUAUAGGACCCAGGAUCAUUGUAUCGGAUAUCAGACAGGGGCGUCUGGACGAUGCCCAGAAACUAGGGAUACCUCCUUGUGACAUUGUCCCGAUAGGGGCAUCACCACAAGAGUUCGUCACCGGAGCUAAACUUGAUGGGAAGAUUGAUACGGUCCUAGACUUUGUUGGCACUCAUCAAACUUUUGAAGAUGCUCAACACAUCGUUCGACGGGGCGGGAAGCUGAUCUGCAUUGGAAGCCUCGACACAGAGAACACGAUUCAUAUGAAGAUUGGCACAAGAAAGAGGCUGUCCUACAUAUUUUCUUACGGAGGACAGGUGAGGGAUCUUGAAGAGGUCUUGCAGUUGAUUGCCGAUGGGUCUAUCACACCCCAAGUCGAAACGUCGAAACUGGCCGAGUUUCCUCAAGUCCUCGAAUCUCUUGUAGGGGGCGAAGUUCGAGCGCGUGUAGCAUUGACCCAUGAUUAG